AUGAAGUACACUAAUGAAGAAAAAGUCGAUAUGCUUUUUGUUUAUGCAAGAGCAUUUCGAAAUGCAAAAAAUGCUGCUGAAACAUACGCUAACUUGUAUCCCGAAAAACAGGUACCUGACACAAAAAUAUUUGCACGCUUGGAAAAAAAUUUGCGCGAACUUGGAAUGUUUGAAAAGCCAAAAAAAAGGAAACCAACUGUAACAGAAGAAGGAGGUGAAGAGGAAACUAAUGUCUUGGGAGAUGGUGGAGAUGAAGAAAUAGAAGUAGAAACCUUAAGAGUGUCAUUUAAAGGCUUACACCACUUACGACCUACACCACAAAAUAUAACCCCCUUGUCAGAGGAGUGCAAUGCAAUGCCCACAGAAUACAAUGCCCCCGUGGCCACCGUUUACGCACUAUUUUAACUGCACAUCACUUUAACCUUUAACCGUUUGUUUUGAAACUUUUUUACGAUAAACAAAUCCUCGGACAAAAGACAAACCAAUAAAAUGGCGUGCGGCCGAGUUGACAUACAACAUAACAACAGCGCCACCUGUUGCUCGAUCUGUGACAGAUCGAUCUGUCACAGAUCGAGCAACAGGUGGCGCUGUUGUUAUGUUGCAUGUCACAAGCAUAUACUACGUACAUGCUACAACUUAGUCAAAAGUAUAUCCUGUAAAGUUUUUAUAAGCAUAUAGCGAAAUAUCCUUAGCAUAUGCUAUGAAUAAAUGCACGGGAAUAUACGUUUUAGAAUAUAGGUGGUACAUGUUUAUAUAUUCGUGGAACAUGCUAAGAAUAUAAGAAUAUGAAUAUAAGUUCAGGUACAUUCUGGGUAUAUGCUAUAGAUAUGAAUAUGCUUUUUAUUGUUAU